ACCAACCUAAAUGAUGGCUGUGAUGGGUAGAGACUGACUUGAAGUUGGAGUGUAUCAACAGACUUCUGCCAUGUUUUAUGAGAUCUUCUUAUCUUCUUAAUUUACCAUUCUGAAGGAAAAAGGACCUACGAAGGAGUGCUUAACAGCCAGGGAGGGCUGCGCUCAAAUAUGAACUGUGCUACUUUGAUAGUGGUGACUGCCAGUUUACUUUCUUGGACUGCCGCCAUUUUUCACCACAGCAAUAAAGGCAAAGAGAAGGACCUCCAGUAUCUCGUGGAGCCACCGGUGUAUGCAGAGGUCACAGCUCGGAGAGGAGAGAACAUCACCCUGCCGUGUGUACUGCGGAUCAAACCUUCUCACUACAGAGUGAAAUGGACAAAGGUUGACCCUCUUCAUCGAGGAGUGGAAAACGUUGUUCUCAUCACAAACGGCCAUGCAGAUAAACAUUAUGGCCCCCUGGGACCCAGAGCAAGGCUUCGCCGUGCGCAUGUGCUGGAUAUCUCUCUCCUUCUCUCCGGCCUACAGCUGGAGGACGAUGGCCAGUAUCGCUGCGAGGUCAUAAACGGAAUCGAAGAUGAAAGCGUGGACAUUUCUCUCAGGAUUGAAGGAGUUGUGUUUCCUUAUCAGAGCAGCAGUGGUCGGUACAAACUGACCUAUAUUAAAGCCAAAGAAGCCUGUGCAGAGCAGGAUGGCACACUGGCAACAUACAAACAGCUCUACAGGGCUUGGACAGAAGGUCUGGACUGGUGUAAUGCUGGAUGGCUAAAUGAUGGCACAGUCCAUUAUCCAAUCCUGGACCCACGGCCAGGCUGCAGAGGAGAUCUUCCUCCAGGGAUUCGCAGCUAUGGACCACGAGACCGGAUGCAGGAGCAUUAUGAUGCCUUCUGCUUCACUUCUAUCACUGAAGGUGUGGUAUUCUAUGUCCCUGGGCCACUGGAUUUUUCUGAAGCAGUGCGUGCAUGUAGAGAGAAAGAAGCAAACCUAGCCCGUGUGGGACAGCUCUACUCCUCUUGGAGGUUCGUGGGGCUGGACCAAUGCGAUGGAGGCUGGUUACAGGAUGGCAGUGUACGUUUCCCAAUCAACACCCCAAGGGAGCACUGUGGUGGAAUUCCAGAACCAGGGGUCCACAGUUUUGGAUUCCCAAGCAAAAGCUUGCGUCUUUAUGGGGCAUACUGCUACAGGUAAAUUACCUACACCAUUAGCUCUCAUCAGAACAGAACACAGUGCUAAAGGUUAUUG